GAUGGAAAAAAAAAAGAAUGAAUGCAUAUAUAAUUGUAGUCUUAGUCUAUGAUUUAAAAUCUUCCCAAUCUGAAGUGAACCUUCAUUGCUCUCUUCUACACUCUGUCCUUAUGGUUCCUGUCAGAAAUCAGUAUGUGUUCCGACAUUGUGUUUCUGUAUUACCAUUUGACUUUCUUGUAUAAAUAUAUGCCUCAAAAUUUUGUAACCAUAAAAAUAAGAAGCCAGCCAGAGGCAAGCCAACGAGCGUGUUUAGUUAUUCUCUUGUGUUUAAGUGAUUGAAAAUGCAGGAUACAUAGGAUGUUCUAGUCUUAAACCAGUGAAUCCCCUAAAAGUACAAACAUGGGGUGUACAUCUUCAAUCUAUCUGGUCGGUAAAAAGAAAAGAAAGAUAGUUCCAGAAGUUUCCAUGUUCGUCCCCUUUCUGCGUGUGCCGGCUCAAACUGAUAUACACAGAACGCUCGGGGGUUUAGUCCCUAAGGAUCUUGCCAAUAGAAUCAACUCUCUCAGGAAUCAGAUUUCAUUUGUAGCUGACCACACUGGCGGCACAGCUAUUAGUGAACUGAUUAAGGCAUUGGAGGAGUACUUACCCCUUGUCAUUGGAUUAACAAAGAAAGGUUCUUUGUUGUGUGUUGUAUUUAUUUUUGUUUGCCGACAACUUAUUGCGUCUUUAAUAUGGGCUUCUGGACUUGGUGGAGUUCAGAUGGAAAGAUUUGGAAGAUUGAAAUCAGGAAAUCUGUGUGGCAAACACAUGGUUCGAACUACUCUCGAUUGCAUGCGCGAUGCAGUCGACUUAUUGUUGAAAGCAGCGGGGCAUCUGAAUUUCUGUGUUCACGAUGUUAUUCCCCGGUUACCACCUGACGUGAAAGACAAGUUACCUUCAGAUAUGCAGGGGAGUGUCCUGGAGUCAAUUUUGUACCAAGCACUGGCAAUGGGAACAGAAGUUCAGGUGGGACUAGCCGUGCAAAGCCAAAACGCGACUUUGUCAGUUAAAAGGAGACUAGCGUGCGAACAGCUCAGUUUUUUCACCAAGGCCUAUUUCUGCUUAUCCGAAGCGGAUAAUGGAGGUGCCAGGAAGAAGCAACUGUCUUUCCUCAAGUGGAAGCAUCUAGAAGCAAAGGCUGGUGCAUACUAUUAUCACGCUCUAAUCUUGGAUAAAGGCACCGAGCCAUCGUCCCAUGUAAGCGCUGUGUGUUGUUUCAUUGCUGCACAAGAUCUGUUAGCUGAGAGCAACAAGGCUUGCUUAACCUUUUGCCUUGCACAUCCAAUUACUAGGGCUACUCCACCAUGGGGUGCAAUGAAGCAUUUUCACAAGAAAAUUCCGGAUAUGGCCUCCAAGAAAUCUCAAAUGUACGCCGACCUUCUCGACCAAGAAAACCUGCAGAGUUUGCCUCAUCUUCCAGAAUUUGAGCUGUCGUUAAAACCGGAUGACUAUGAGCUGCCUCAACUCGAUCCCAUGUGGGAUUUUGGCAACUGGAAAGUUCCUAAUCCUGGACAAACGACAAUCAAGGCACACCUCAACGAUGAUGAUGAUCAUCAUCAUCAUCUGUUCCAACUGCAAACUUGAAACAUGCUUUCAGGUGUCGAAUUUGAAUUUUCUUUAAAGUGUGAUAAGAAUUUCAUCAUGUCUGAUAUUAUGAUGUAAAGAGUGAUAAAUCUUAUGUAACUGGG